CAAUCUAGCCUACUUUCCCAUCAGUGCUCGACGUUCCUGCCUUCUUCCUCCACAGCUGGCGGGAGUGUGCAAGGUUCCAUUCACUCGGUUUCGCGCUCGAGGUUCUUCUGGAGGACUGCGAGCAAUUGCCAUCCCAAGAAUGACUUCCGCAUAAAGCAUCUCGGCUCCUCACCUCGGUCACGGCCAUCGAGCAAGCAUGUUCUCCAGCAGCAAGAAGCGAGCGCGUGCAGACAGCGGGAGCGACCAUUUCCGGGUUGAAGACGUGCCUUUUGGCAAGAGAGCUCGAGCGACUACUGAAGCCUCGGCAGACAGCGGGAAAUGGUUCAACGACUCCGUUCUCAAUACGCCGACCAGGACAUCGGCACGCAAUCCGACAGACUAUGAUAGCGAUGCCGACACGUCGAGCUUGAGGUCUGAACCAGGCAGUCCUCGCGAUGCCUCGAUGGAUGACGAUGACGUGGACAUGGACGACGGCACCUUCUCGCAAUCACCUGAAGCAGAAUUUCUUCCUCGUCCGACCGGUCCUGUUCCAGCUCAUCUGCCACAGAAGCUGCAGAUGAAUAGAGUGCCGACGCCGAUGGUGCCAAUGCGACCAGGAGCCAGUCCGGAGCGCAUUAGAACUGGCUUCAAACAACACGUUCGUCGUCGCCAUCCGCAGGAAUAUUCUGCCAGCUCCGACCUUCUCGAGGUGCCCUCGCCCAUCGAUGAGGAUGAGGUACCUACUCCACCCUCUGCGGCCGAGGCAGCAGAAUCACGGCUUAGCAUGCUCAGCGUUAGUGACGUUGACAUGGACGGGAAUGAAGGAGUGCCUCGCAUUUCCAUUGACCCUGCCAGACCUAAUCUCACUCGACCUGACGGAGAAGCAGACCUGGAGUCUGCCAUUGAUUCAGAGCCGAUGGACUACGGAUCGAAUAAUCUCAUUGUCCGAAAACAACGCCAGCGUAGCGGAGCGCUCAGCAGCGGCAACCCAUCUGUCCGUGCCACCCCAAUCGCUGGUACGAACAACAAGCGCGGCGGCUUUGCAAUGGGAUUCAGGCCCGAUUGCGAGAAAUGCCGUCUGCGUGUCCCAGGACACAUGAAUCACUUUAUUGUUUAGCGAGCAUGAAGGACUUUCAUUGCGGUCUUUCUUUUAGCAACCAGUUUUACCACAGCGACAGGCGCUUAGAGGAGUUCACCACUAUUACAGCUUUCGAGGGAUUGGCAAGCGCAGAUACCAGGAUCGCUCUUUGACAUGGCCGCAGGACUGGCGGAUUUUCAUUUUGUGUGUAUGCAUCUGCAUCGUACUACCCACUACUACUACUAGACAGCCAGCACUUCAGCAGUUCUAAUGUUCAAUGUUGAAAGGGAC